CCAGUUUGUAACGUCAAAAUUUAUCAUUUGUUUAAAAAGAAUCGAAUUUAAUUUUCCAAUCCCUCUCGCUGUCUACUUUCAGACAAAUUUCUCACACGUCCCUUCAUUGUCGCCAUAAAUUUUCAUCAAGUUUCCCAAUUUGUUCACAGAUUAUACAUCCUCAACCAUUUCCGCAUUCGGUAAUCCAAUUCUGGGAAGAAUUGGUGGCAUUUUUGGGCUGUUUUCGUCUCAGAAUGAAAGGAAGCUUUUAUGGACUGAAGGGUAAACAGCUCUCUCUUUUUACCAUUGUUCUAAUGUGCACCACCAUUCUUAUAUGGGGAUGGGAGAAAACCCAGAUUUUUACUAACUUGGUACCGCCCCAAACCCGUUUGCAGUUGGGUUCAGAGAUAAGGGAUGAUUAUGUAGAUAAAUCUGUGCUAUCAGAACAAGAAAUAGAUGUGGGCAAUGGGGUAGCAACAUUUGCCCAAAAUGAUACUGUAAAAGAAGAAUUACGACUCGGAGCUCCACCAGGUUCUGAACAAGGCUCUGACGAAAGUGAAGAGAUUAGUAAUGAUAUAGCAUCAAACCAGGUUGAGAAGAGUGGGGUUUUAACAAGUGGGUCAAAAGAAAGAGAAGAACAUAAAGAAGUUCAGGAAGCGGAAAUAGAUGGCAAGGCAGUUGAUGCAAGACAGAAAGAAAAAGCGGAGGAAAAUAAUUCAGAUGUACAAAAGCAAAAUGUGCAGCUAGGGACAUCAUUAGCUCCAGUCUGCGAUUAUGCGAAGGGAAAAUGGAUUGUGGACCAUAAGAAGCCGCUGUAUUCUGGGCAUGGCUGUAAGCAAUGGCUGUCAAGUAUGUGGUCUUGCCGGAUGACACAGCGCACAGAUUUUUCCUAUGAGAAGGUUUCAUGGCAGCCAAAAGAUUGUCAAAUGGAAGAAUUUGAAGGCUCUAAGUUCUUGAAAAGGAUGCAACACAAAACUCUAGCUUUUGUUGGAGAUUCAUUGGGCCGGCAGCAGUUCCAGUCUUUAAUGUGCAUGAUCACAGGUGGUAAGGAGAGGCAUGAUGUUAUAGAUGUGGGGCCGGAAUACGGGAUAGUCCAAGCACGUGGUGAUGUCCGCCCUAGUGGGUGGGCAUAUCGGUUCCCAAGCACCAACACUACCAUCCUCUAUUCCUGGUCAUCAACCCUCUGUGAUCUGCAGCCUAUUGAGGCUUCAAACCCAGCCACUCAUUAUGCCAUGCACCUUGAUCAGCCACCCGCAUUCUUGCGCCAAUAUAUUCAUAAACUUAAUGUCCUGGUCCUCAAUACAGGGCACCACUGGAACCGCGGAAAGCUUAAAGCUAACCGCUGGGUGAUGCAUCUUGGGGGUGUCCGAAACACUGACAGGAAGAUAGCUGUGAUUUGGAAGGCCAAGAAUGUGACAGUCCACAGUAUCAUUAAUUGGGUGAACUCGCAGCUCCCAAAGUAUCCAGGUCUCAAAGCUUUCUACCGGACCAUCUCACCUAGGCAUUUUGUCGGCGGUGAAUGGAACACGGGAGGAAGCUGUGAUAACACCACUCCUAUGUCAAUAGGAAGGAAGUUGCAAGACGUGUCUGGUGACUCAUAUGCUGCAGGUGCAGCGAAGGGAACAGGGGUUAAGCUCUUGGAUAUAACAGCUCUAUCCAAGGUCAGGGAUGAGGGUCAUAUAUCCCGGUUCAGCAAAACAGCAAAACCAGGCGUGCAAGAUUGUCUGCAUUGGUGUUUACCUGGUGUUCCAGAUACAUGGAAUGAAAUUCUUUUUGCACAAAUCUAGUCCAGUGUAACUGAUCCCGAAGUUCUAAUCAAAUCCCUCAAAAGGACUCCAUGGCUCAGGUCCAGGACUAAAGGCCUUUAUCCCAAAGAAGGGGAGAUGUCACCGGCGAAGGUCUACCUAGAAAUUGAGCGCAAACUUUGAUCGUUGGAGAAAAUGGCAACCAGUUGAUCACAACCACAAUUACUGUGGACAACGUGAAGUCCUGUGGUGUCCCAUGUUUAAUCUUUUGUUGUAGGCUUGUAGCUUCGUUGAUCGAGACCUUCUCUUCAGUUUUGGUUAGUUUGCUUAACCCCCGAGAUUGAGGGUUGUUUGGGAAAGCACCGCAACAGAUUAGAAGGGAAGCGAGAUUUCAGAUAUUCUGCGGAGGGAGGUAGGAUUAGAUAUUCAGGAUUGAAAGAAUAGGAUUUUCAAGUCAUGAUGUAUAUGGGUUUACGAUUUUCAUUGUGUGUGUAAUGCAUUACCCUACUCAUAUUACCAAAUUCCAAAUAAUCGAAUAUAUAUACAGAUUUUUUUU